AUACAUAGAGCAAUAGAUUUAGUGUCAGUGAAAGUGUUUUAGGCAUGACACAGAAAUUAGUCUUGUGAACUGCAAUGAGGACUCUUUGAACCAUGUAUAAACAACAGAGCUAAAAUCAAUUUUCUAUUGGCUGGCUCUAUUUGAGGCGUAACAUCAACCUUUUAUAUGAAAGCAGCUACUGAAGACGUGUCAGCAGUGCCCUGUUCAAGCAGUCUUUCCUCAUCUGAAGCUCUGAAUUCUCACACUGCAUUCCAGAAGACUUGUUUGUCGAGACCGAGGAAAAAUGAAUUAUGAUUAUAGCUACAGUGAAGAAGAUCUACUAGCUGCGUAUGAAGAAAUUGAGGAGCCAUGUUCAGUGGAGCACAGACAAAACAUUGACAACUUCCUCCAGUUAUUCAUUCACCCCAUCAUUUGCAUUGUUGGUUUUAUCGGCAACACCCUGGUGAUUUUGACGUAUGCCCUUUACAAGCAAACCAAGUCUAUGACGGAUGUUUACCUCCUGAACGUGGCCAUCGCUGACAUCCUGUUUGUGGUGGCUCUGCCUUUGAUCAUCUAUAGUGAACAGCAUGACUGGGCCAUGGGGAACUGGUCCUGCAAGUUGCUGCGUGGUGUCUACAGCAUCAACUUGUAUAGCGGCAUGUUGCUUCUAGCUUGCAUAAGUGGAGACCGCUACCUCGCCAUCGUGCAGGCCCGCAGGUCAUUCCGGCUGCGGUCUAGUACCCUGCUUUACAGCCGCCUCAUAUGUGCAGCUGUCUGGUUACUGGCCUUUGCCCUGUCCCUUCCCACCUUCAUGUUUUAUGAACGGUAUCAGCCCGUCCCUGUUGAAUCCAGCCUAUAUAACAGCACCCAGGGCAACGAUACACCAUUUGUGUGCUUUUUCAGAUUUCAUUCGAACGAAACGGCGCGCACUAUGAAAACCGUGGUGCCAAGCUCUCAGGUAGCAGUGGGUUUCUGCUUACCAUUGCUGAUCAUGGGUUUCUGUUACUCCAGUGUCAUUGUCACCCUCCUUCAAGCCAAGAACUUUCAAAGACACAAAGCAGUGCGUGUGGUCCUCACUGUGGUGCUUGUGUUUGUGGCCUGCCAUAUGCCUUACAAUAUAGCACUGUUAUAUUAUACCAUCAACAUGUUCAGUGAGCAGGAAUGCAGCCAUGAGGAAGCCGUAGAGUUGGCCAUGAUCAUCACAAAAAGUCUGGCUUACCUGCACUCUUGUCUGAACCCCUUGCUGUAUGCCUUCAUCGGGGUGAACUUCAGAAACCAUUUCCGUAAGAUCUUACAGGACAUCUGGUGCUUGGGAAAGAACUACAUGUCAGCACGGCGGUCCUCACGUGUUACCACUGAAUUAUACCUUUCUUCACGGAGGUCUGUCGAUGGCUCAAAUAAUGACAAUGGCACUUCAUUUACAAUGUGAUUGGCCGCUAUAUAAGGCAUGAGCAUCACAUUUUGGCUGUGUCCGAAACCUUAGACAGCUAGAUGCCUUGCUGCCCAGUAAGUCAAUUACUUAUCAGACAGUGUUUUUGUAUAAAGGUACCCCCUAAAUGGUUUUAGACGGGCUUCUAAGGCACCAAAGCAUUAUGUCCAAUAACCUAUUGAACAAAUUCAAGUGAUCUCUAGUCAUAUAAUGUGAAAAAAUAUAUAUAUAUUACUUCCAGCUACCAAACUGCAUGCACAGGAUUGUGAGAUAUCUUAGGGAGCAAAGGACACAUUUAAGCUGCCUUCAGAAUUCGACCACAUGGAGGCAUCUUAACAGACAUGAUGUUUGGAUGUGCCUUGAUGCCUUUCUACCUCUGCAUAUUGCCUACAAAUGAGGCAUUUUUCUUGUUUCGGACACAGCCUUUGUUUCUGCGUUUGAGUUCAGUGUUCAGAGAAAUGAAACCAAUUACGUUCAAAACUAAUUCAAAGUGUGCAAACACAGGAGUUCAAACAGUAUACUGACUAGUUUCAGCUGAGAUCUGUAUGAUCAUUAUUUGUUUGCAAUGUGUAAAACUAUGUAUAAAGUAGGCUGAAUAAAGUCUCUAUAAGUGAAUUUAUUUAGCUAUGGAAGUGCACAGUAUGUAGUACUAAUGCAGAAUCUCAUUUUCUAUAUGUACGUUUUAACUGUUGUACAUAGAAUCUUCAUGUUGUAUUUUUUAUCUAAUAAAUACGGCUGAAUAUUUCGAAAUAAUCAAAUAAUAGAAAGGUGACGUAAUGUUCUCAUCCAGAAAUUAAAACUAGUGCUUCUUAUGUAAUUCCCCAAGCCAAUCUCUGCAACAGCUCAAUUUGAUCAGUGUAGUCUGCUGAGACCAUUAUGUCAUACCAACAACUUUUUUAACACUCUGAAACUUUAAGCCUGCGCUGCAAUAAUACAUGACUCAUUUUAUUUCUGACCUGGCUAACAUGCCACAAUUUUGAAACUCCACACAAUGGUUUUCAGUGUUGUUGUUACUACUUGAAGUCCAACAAUCUUGCACAGCAUUUAAUUGCCUAUGAGACAUUUUUUUGAGACAUUGGUUUCUAUAACAGUCCAGUCCUCUACAAAAAUUAUCAUUUUUGGGGGGGUACAGGGUGUGUACAACUAUUUAACAAUUUUUAAAAUGCAAAAAAAAAUAAAAAAAGAUUUCAUAUACUCUUUUACAUAAAUGACCUAAAAUAGCUACUGCUUGCUUCAGUAUAACUUCCAGAGACAAUUUAGCCAGAGACAGCGCCCUUGUAUUAAAAUGAAUAGGAAAAAUUGGAAUGCUGGAUCAAAUUGAAAAAUACUAUUUUUAGCGUGAUCUGAGCUAAAGAAAGACAAUUGUCAGAUUUUACUGCUGAUUAGAAAUGUGUUUUUUGAUUGUAAUCUUGACCAACCAUUUUGGAGAUUUUGGAAUUUCCCCAUUCAGAUAGAUAUGAGCUGUACUUUUGUGCCACUUGUAAACAGAGAAAUUAGCUACACGGAAGCAUUCCCAAGAUAGCUGCCGGCGCCAGAGACUGACUAGCUUUGAAAGGGUCUUUGAUAACUUCUCUAUCGGGUUAGACAGAACACAGAACAGUACUGAUGUGUAGUCAUGGAACAAUGCCAUACCUCAGUUCUUCUGCACUUAGUCUUUAAUGUAAUUCUCUGUAAUUCUAGAAUCUGAUUACCUUUUGCACUCAAAUAAAUAGGCUUAGUGAAAUGGCUGAUAUUUAUUACUAAAGCUUUAAAUGAAGCCAUAAAUGAUUUAAAAAAUAAUACUGUUUAUUCUGUGACUUUAAAUAGAUUAUAAAUGCUACAGGUUACAGAAGACAAAAGUACAGUGACAUGAUCAUGUGAACACUUCCACCAUUUAGUGCACUUUUUUGGGGUCUGUUUGAGUGGUUCACACUGGCCAGCCCUCUUUUACAGGGUUCGUACAGAUGAUUCACAGUGAAAUUCAAGAACUUUUCAAGCACAUUUUUAUUUGUUUUCAAGGCAAGAGAUUUAAUUCAUCAAACCAAUUCUUCAUUUGUUCAUUUUAAAUAAAAAAUACAUAUUAUAUUUAUUUAUUAUUUUUAUAAAAUACCACUUAUUACAACAACUCAUAAGUGUGCAGCCUUAAAAUGCAUUUUGCUUUCCAACAAAAGUGAAUAAUUGGAACAAUAAAAAGUAGUUCAUGUGACUUGAGCUGUGUUCUUUAUUUUCUAAAGUC